GAAGGGUAAACCAAGCGAGAUUGUGGAGUUGCCCGCAAGUUCGCAAAGAGAAAACGCAGUAUUGCCAAACGCGAUUGUGAACCAGUAAUUUUCUUUGUUAUUUUCGAUGUUCUUUCUGCCUGUUUAGGAGAACUCCAUAACGUAGCAGCGUCUAACAAUGUACUCCCAUUUGGCAGCCCCAUUUGCCGAACCGUACAAGAGCAGCUUCGCGCACCACCACCGCUUCAAUAUUCCUAGCAUUCACUUGGAAGACAUGGCGGAAAACGACAACGUCUUCGCCACAGAUGACCAGAUCGUUCCGGGAUCGGACCAUCAUUCUCAAGGCCAUGGCAAAGAGUGCAUCAUCAAGAAAGAAUUCGAUCGGUAUCUCGUGACGCCGAUUCUAACACCGAUUUCCAAAUUUUUUGCCGAUGCACUGGGAGAUGAUGCGACUGGAAAGCCUCGACGGGCAAGUGCCCGUGAAAUGGACGAGAUCCUCGGCAGCGAUGUACCCUCAUCCGUGGCCGACACGGUAUUCACUAGCGCAGCUCCCGCUAUCGCCACUGCGCACAUCACCGGCUACACGCUACAUCAGAUGGAAGGCCAUAAUCGACCGGUAGUUCCUUCGCGCCCUGAAUUUCCCCUCGUCAAAACCAUUGCCCAACCGGCACCAACGGCCACCUUAUCCGUUCAGACAUCCACGGAGCGCAAUCCGUCCAGUAGUUCCUUGUGGGACGAUCUCGAGCAGACCAUCGAUAAGGUGGAACACUCUGUGGCGCCGGUGACAAUCAAGACCGAAAGUCCCCCGCCGGGCGGCUAUCUGGUGUCAGAGAAUUCUGUCGACUACCAUGGUCAGCGCCGUACAUCGUCACCAUUUGUCUCCUACACAUCUAACACGUAUAUUGGUAAUGGCGGAGCGUUGAUUGAAGCGCCAGUGCCCUGCUUUCCCAAGAUGUAUUUUCCCACUCCGCCCUCAUCCAAUGCCAGUACGCCGGAGGAGUUUUACGGUUACCCCGGUCAUCCACUGAGUGGCCAUAUGAUACCGCUGCGUAAUUCGCCAUCCGUCAUGUCCAAUUGUACGUCAGAUGAUGGCUCAGUUAAUGAGCACCGGUCGUCGAUGAAGUAUAACCGCAGAAAUAACCCCGAUCUGGAUAAGCGUCGUAUUCAUCACUGCAAAUUUGAAGGUUGCAACAAAGUGUACACCAAAUCAUCGCAUCUAAAAGCUCACGAGCGCAUCCAUACCGGCGACAAGCCGUAUAAGUGCUCGUGGCCGGAGUGCCAGUGGAGAUUUGCUCGUUCCGAUGAGCUGACACGGCAUAUGCGGAAGCACACCGGCGAUAAGCCCUUCCAGUGCAGCGUGUGUGCGCGCUGCUUUGCACGCAGCGAUCAUCUGGCACUACACAACAAGCGUCAUCAGCCGAAAGCAAAAAACUAGUCAGCACAUUAGGAACGCUUCCUUCGCUUCCACCACGGAAGAGACCGGGAAGUGACCUCUCUCGCUUGCGACGGCACACAUCUUCUUCGUCAUGUUCUGGCAUUCCCCACUUCAUUAAGUGUUCUAGGCAGAAACAGAUAAAGUUAUGAUUGUUUUUAAUCCCGGAUGAUCGGCUGUCUGUGGUGGAAAACACUUACGAAAAAAGACAAAUGGACAUACUGGUUCCCCUUCGUUUGGUUCAUACAAAGUCUUUUUUGUAUACUGAUUUGGUUUUAUAUUUUUAAGAAGCGGUUAGGUAUAUGCGCACCUUUUAUGUGAAAUCUCAGAUACCAUUAAUUUUUGACUACUGCUGGUUGGCGGUUUUAGCUGUUAAGUGCAUUCGAAACGGAAUUGCACCGAUAAGUGAGAAAUUAUGGUUUUUUAUGUACAUUUUGGCCCUUUGGGUGCCUUUGCUGUCACCAAAGCGCUCAUUGAGCACGGAGUUCGUUUUGGAAAUGUAACGUCCAUUUUUCGUGUUUGUUCUCAUGUUAUUUUGUCAGCAUUCUUUAGUGUUUGUUGUAUCCUUGCGCUUACUGUUUGACUUUGAACUGUUCUUUACUACGAUAAUUACCUAUGCAGUUU